CAUCCCAGAACCUCCUCGCCUCGGUUCCACUUCACAGCUCCACCAAAGGAUAACAGCAGAAAUCACCGCGGCACCAGACGUCCUCCUAGAACCAGAGACUCCUCGGACCCCAGGCCCCAGGCUCCAGGCCCCAGUCCCCAGGCCUCAGUCCCCAGGCUCCAGGCCCCAGGCUCCAGCCCCCAGGCUCCAGGCUCUAGCCCCCAGGUUCCAGCCCCCAGGCCCCAGGCUCCAGCCCCCAGGCUCCAGGCUCCAGGCUCCAGCCCCCAGGCUCCAGGCUCCAGGCUCCAGGCCCCAGGCCCCAGGCCCCAGGCCCCAGGCUCCAGGCCCCAGGCCCCAGGCUCCAGGUUCCAGCCCCCAGGCCCCAGGCUCCAGCCCCCAGGCUCCAGGCUCCAGCCCCCAGGCUCCAGGCUCCAGGCCCCAGGCUCCAGGCCCCAGGCUCCAGGCUCCAGGCCCCAGGCUCCAGGCUCCAGGCCCCAGGUUCCAGCCCCCAGGCUCCAGGUUCCAGCCCCCAGGCCCCAGGCUCCAGGCUCCAGCCCCCAGGCUCCAGGCUCCAGCCCCCAGGCUCCAGCCCCCAGGCCCCAGGCUCCAGGCUCCAGCCCCCAGGCUCCAGGCUCCAGGCCCCAGGCUCCAGGCCCCAGGCCCCAGGCCCCAGGCUCCAGCCCCCAGGCUCCAGGCUCCAGCCCCCAGGCUCCAGGCUCCAGGCCCCAGGCUCCAGGCUCCAGGCCCCAGGCCCCAGGCCCCAGGCCCCAGGCUCCAGGCCCCAGGCCCCAGGCCCCAGGCUCCAGGCUCCAGGCCCCAGGCCCCAGGCCCCAGGCCCCAGGCUCCAGGCUCCAGCCCCCAGGCUCCAGGCUCCAGGCUCCAGCCCCCAGGCUCCAGGCUCCAGGCCCCAGGCCCCAGGCCCCAGGCCCCAGGCUCCAGGCCCCAGGCCCCAGGCCCCAGGCCCCAGGCCCCAGGCCCCAGGCCCCAGGCUCCAGCCCCCAGGCUCCAGGCUCCAGGCCCCAGGCUCCAGGCUCCAGGCCCCAGGCCCCAGGCUCCAGGCUCCAGCCCCCAGGCUCCAGGCUCCAGGCCCCAGGCUCCAGGCUCCAGGCCCCAGGCCCCAGGCCCCAGGCCCCAGGCUCCAGGCCCCAGGCCCCAGGCCCCAGGCCCCAGGCUCCAGGUUCCAGCCCCCAGGCCCCAGGCUCCAGCCCCCAGGCUCCAGGCUCCAGGCUCCAGGCCCCAGGCUCCAGGCUCCAGGCCCCAGGCUCCAGGCUCCAGGCCCCAGGUUCCAGCCCCCAGGCUCCAGGUUCCAGCCCCCAGGCCCCAGGCUCCAGGUUCCAGCCCCCAGGCCCCAGGCUCCAGCCCCCAGGCUCCAGGCUCCAGCCCCCAGGCUCCAGGCUCCAGCCCCCAGGCCCCAGGCUCCAGGCCCCAGGCUCCAGGCUCCAGGCCCCAGGCUCCAGGCUCCAGGCCCCAGGUUCCAGCCCCCAGGCUCCAGGUUCCAGCCCCCAGGCCCCAGGCUCCAGGCUCCAGCCCCCAGGCUCCAGGCUCCAGCCCCCAGGCUCCAGCCCCCAGGCCCCAGGCUCCAGGCUCCAGCCCCCAGGCUCCAGGCUCCAGGCUCCAGGCCCCAGGCUCCAGGCUCCAGGCCCCAGGCUC